AAAUGUCUUCAAGCAAUCCGAGAUUAAGUAAACUUCCUGUUCAUAUCAAUGUUCUCAAUUCUCCGCGUAAGAUACGAUCUGCGACAACUUCUUCCACAAAAAAGCUCGCAAGUACUUCUACCACUGGAAAUAAGGUGUUUAGUUCUGCUAACAACAAUUUAAAGAGAAAAAAUGUCGAUACUUUGAAAAAAAAUACGACUACCACGACUAAGCGUGGACGAAUAGACCCUCCUCCUCCCGCUCACGAAAAUUCUAAACUUAAAAAACAAUUUGAAGAAUUACGUAAAGAAUAUGAUGAAAUAACUACUGAAAGUAAGCAACUUCAGAAUGAAAUUCAAGAGGAAGAAUGUACUAGAAAAGAGUACGUAAAAGAUAUCGACCGGAUGAAAAAACGUGUAGCAAACGAAGAGGCUCAUGUUAAGGAAAUUGAAGACUGUAUUGCGAAUCUUCAACAAAAUCGUGAUGAUAUGGUAAAAAACAAUUCAAAGUUAGCAUCUGAAAUGAAAGCUUAUAGAUGUGAAUUGGAGAAGGCAAAUGAAAAUAUUACCGAACAAACCGAAAAAAUCACAAGUAAUAUAAAUCAAAUUCAGGAGUUUACUUCUAAAUUACAAGAAUAUGAGCGUCUUCGUAGAAAACUUCAUAAUGAUGUUCAAGAUCUUAAAGGAAAUAUACGUGUGUUCUGUCGUGUUCGUCCAUUAUUAGAGUCAGAAUCACAAAAUAUUGCUAAUUUCAAGUUUCCAAAAGAAAUACCAUUCAAUAGAAAAAUCUCUCUUAUAUCAACAAAAACAAAUUAUUUAGGAGAGAAAAAAGAAAUCUUUAAAGAAUAUAAAUUUGACCAAGUGUUUGAUACUUUAGCAACACAGAAAGAUAUUUUUUCUGAGGUUGCACAUAUCGUUCAAUCGGUUGUAGAUGGUUAUAACGGGUGCAUUUUCGCAUAUGGCCAAACUGGGGCUGGCAAGACAUAUACCAUGACAGGUCCUGCUAAUGCAACCCCUGAAACCGAAGGGAUGAUCCCUCGAGCGGUCCGUUUAAUUUAUGAUCUCAUUCAAGAUUUAAAGACUCAGUGUUGGAAAUUUACACUAGAAGGACAAUUCAUAGAAAUAUAUAAUGAUAGCAUUCGAGACUUGCUUGUUGCUGAUCCAUCUAGUACCAAUGGUGUUAAACAUAAAACAAUUCAUGAUGAGCGGACUGGCACAAGAAUUUCAAAAGCCACUACUGUGGAUCUUGAUUGUCCUAAUACACUAAAUCAAGCAUUAAAAACCGCAGCUCAUAAUCGAGCAGUCGCUGCAACAAAAUGUAACGCUCAUUCUUCACGCAGUCAUAGUGUAUUCAUGAUUCGAUUGAGAGGAACAAAUGACAACUCAAAUGAAACUAGAAUCGGUUCGUUGAAUCUAAUAGACCUGGCAGGAUCAGAACGCCUCUCAAAAUCAGAAUCUAAAGGUGACCAAUUACAAGAGGCAAGACAUAUUAAUUCCAGUUUGAGUCACCUUAAAACUGUGAUUCAAGGAAUUAAGAAAGAUUCUUGUCAUAUAAAUUUUCGUGAUUCAACAUUAACGUGGCUAUUAAAAAAUUCCCUUGGUAAAAUUGAUUUAAUGUAUACGCAUUUGUUUAUUCAAGCAAGAAAUAAUGUAUAUUUUGUUAAUAUAUAUUCAUCAUUAGGUGGUAACGCUAAGGUUCUCAUGCUGGUUAAUAUUUCACCCUUGGAAUCAUCACUGUCAGAAACUGAAAGUAGUCUUGAGUUCGCGCGGAUGGUAAAUUCUGCACAUGUGGGAACGGCGCACAAGAAUUAA